AUGCUAUUGGAGAAUGGGGCCGAUCCAGGCCAAAGAAAUAAAUGGGGAGCUACUCCCCUCGGCAAAGUAAACGCAGCAGCUAGAGCAUGGAUUGAGCACCCAGAAAAAGUCCCUUUAUUCCUCGAAUUGUACAGACUCUUUGUUCGUGAGUUCGGAGACGAGCUGUUUGAAGAUCUUGAUAACAGGUGGCCAUCAACAUCCGGCUUUCAGGGGCCCCCUGAGGCAUUCUCUUUAAUUCAGGAGGUCUCUUUCAACUCAUAUUCAGAUCUGCCCGUUGAUUUCCGGUUUAAGCAGGCAAUGACCAUUGACAACUGGUGGGUGAGUGGUGCCAGCCCAACUAUACUUCGAAUGGCGAUGGGCGGUGAUCAUAUUGACCAUAGCGCCUACUUUCUCGAGGAUGAAAACGGAGAAACUCUGCUAUACAGGAUUGCCCAGGGUAUGGCCGUUGACUUCUCUGAAAGAAAAAACAGCAAUAUGCCGAAGUGGCGUGAGCUGCUUUCUGGUGCAAUCACGGCAUAUGCCGACCCAUGUCAUUUGUCCUCUAAGUACAAACGGACGAGUACGCCUCUAACCACAUUUCUACGAUACUCCACCAAGAAUUGGGCAGAAAUCAAACGAGCGAAAUAUAUAUUUGACUCCACUAUCCAAUUCUGGGUAUCGGAGCUUCAGUUGGCUGGCGUUGAUUUAGCAGAGUAUGGGGCGAAGGAGAAAUCACUACAUAUGUCUGGCGUUAUUGACCUGGAGCUCAGUAUAUACGUUGGGCUUGAAAAUUCUGGCCCAGCAUAUGAUCCUGACCUAGGUGAAUAUCUUUUAUUUCGUAUCCUAUCGCUCGAAUUUGGUCCAAGACCAGAAGAGUGGAAACUAUGGGUCUCUAAUCCGGUAGAUGAACUGGCGUGGGAAUUCUGGGAACUGGUUGAGAGGGGAGAGCAAGUUAUGCCAGGUACUUGGAUAGAUUAG